UGUAAAAUAUUACAACACGUUUUCAAUUUCUGUGCUUAUGAUAUCGUUUCAAUUUAUUAUCAGAAUUCCAUUUAAUAUCGAAUAAGGAGAGUAUUCAAAACUUGUCUACGUCCCAGUAAGGGGUUUGACAGAGUAAGGACCUGCUUAUCAAUACGUGGAUAUAUAGAAAAUAUCUGACUAGGAACGCUAUGGGAAACUCUUGGUCAAAGUAUUGGCAACGUGAUGAUGGACCUCCUCCUGCAAAGAAAAGAAAGCUGUCAGACAACAUAAGUGUACCAGGAGGGGCAUACACGGAGAUAUUUCAGGAAAAGGAUCAGGAAAUAAAACAGUUACAGUCAACAAUUAAAUGGCUUGAAGAAACACACAUCCCGAAGAACGAAUACGAAGAGAUGAGACAAAACUAUCAAAGAGAAAAAACUGCCAAGGACGAAGCUUUACGAAGAUUAAGCGCCUUGGCAUCCAGCAAACUCCGAGAUAACAACCCAAAUAUCGCUGACCUUAGUGACCAGAAUAGACCCACUAAAAUAGCUGAAAAGAUGUCAGAGCUAUAUGACAACCAGUGGACAGAUGCAUUCGAUGCCUUGGCCGGAAACAUGAGAGAGACAGAUAUCAUAAAACUGCUACGGGACCUUCUAAUGAAAUGCUACCAUGAAUGUAAGGCCAUUGCUACUGGCCAUUACUUUGAAAAGGUCCAGAGGUGCAUUGAACUUCCACUGCAGGGGUACACGCCUGUCCCACCACGAGCGACAUCCAUGAUGCCAGAUAGUUUAAAACAGCAAAUUAAGGAGUUCCGUAAAUCCAGAGCUUUGCACGUGACCAAGGAAGUUGAAAAGGCAAUACAAGGAAGGCUACAUACAUCAUAUAAUCAUUACGAAGCAGUUCGGAAAUAUAUCUCUAGUUGUGUGGAGGUAACGUGGCUGAUGGUUGUGCAGGAUCCACCCCUUGUCCUCUCAGUACCGUCAUCAUCAAAGUUUGAUAACAAUACAUUUAAAGACUAUACCAAGCGAGGACCAUAUAUGGAGUAUGUGGUCUGGCCAGCUCUAUACCUUCACGAAGGAGGGGCUCUCCUAGCCAAGGGUGUUGCCCAAGGAUGUAACCAACCUCACCGAAGACAUUGAAAUGUGUUAUGCUAUCAUUUAUACAUUAACUAAAGUCAUAUUUGUAGAGAUUGCACUAUUCUUUUUAUUUAUCAUUAUUCUGAAGGCAUGUAACUUUUUCAGACUGGAAACAAAUUGUUAACUUUACCGGUAAACUAAUUUUUAUAGUAAUAUUUAAUUUACACAAGAAAAACGUUUUCAAGCAUGAUUUCAUGUUCAAUGAAAUGGUAUAAUAGUUAUGGUUUUAUUGACAAAAUAUUUCUAGAUAAUAUAUAUUCUCAAUUUUGUAGCAUUUGUCAUUCAAACAUCUUCUUCAGGGAAGUAGACAUAUAUUAAAAGUUUAAGAAAAAUCA